CCUGUACGUAGCGACGGGUGCUGUACGCAUGACGUUGCUACUGUUCUUGUUUUGGCAGUUUGUUUCGAUAUUCACCGAUAGCCAGUCCAUCAAGAGGGCGUUUUGUAUUGGUUAUCCACCACGAAGCUGCGAUGGUAUUGAUUGAGCAGUGACUGAUUCAGGGAGCUGGUAAGUGUAGUUUCACAAUGGCAGAUGGAGGCAGUGAUGAUGAUGUCAUUCACCUGGCAAGCUUCAAUGUCCACCGCAGCCAAGGCUCCCGUUCCCGUAAGAGGGAGCUCAUCACCAUCUCCGAUGACUCCGAUGAGGAGCCUGUGACUCUGGUACCUGGCAGCCCUGUUUUAGUCCCCGACGAUGCAGAUGAUGACGACGUCAGCAUAUUGGAGCCGCUCACUCCUGCACGUAGACACGUGAUUCGCCCAGCUGCAAAAUGGAGUGGGGCCUUGCACAACCCAAUUCAAGUUGUUGGUCAUAGUAGCGCUACUUCCGGGGUUCCCACAGGGGACCCUGGUUAUGCCCCCUCUACCUCCAGAGACACCACGGCCAACUCCUCCACAGUGAGGCCAGCCAUACGGACACAGACACCGGUGCAGUCGAGCACUUGUGGACACACACAGCCACAACCUGGCUCUUCAUCACACACACUGUCUCAGCCAAAACUUUACUCAAACUCGCAGCAACAUGACGGUACGACAGCACAUACAAAAGUGGAACUCCAUACAGUUCCUAUCCAAACCCCAUCUACCUCCACAAAUGCCAAGGCUUGCGCCAGCACAUCCAGAGCACCUACACCAGUACUUCGUCAGCCUCAGCCCAGCACAUCUGGACUCAUACAGCCACAAGCGGGUUCUUCAGUACACGUAACGGUGGAGCCUCAGGCGAGUACCUCUACCAGUGCCAUACACUAUUCUUGUGCGGUUGCAUCAAGUUCUUCUACAAAGUCUCAAGAAAAGGUGAGCACAAGUACUCAUUCACAAGACAAUCCUCAGGCCAGUACUUCGUCUGCACAGUCUUACACACGGACGCUGUCUCUGCCCGGUACAUCUACACAGCUCCAGUCCACAACCCUGCAGCCUCACCUCAUCCAGGUGACUGAGGUGAAAUUAGUCGUUUUUCCCCAGCAUCAUAGCAUCCAAGCCUCUGCUCUCAUAACCCAACCCCAGCUGCAGCUCAGGCCCCAAAACGUUCUGCAGCCUGUGUCGCUCACUCGCAUGCAGGGCAAUCUCAUUCAGAUUAAGCCACAGCCCCUGGCUCAGGCUCCUGCCCAGCCUCCAGUCCAGGCUCCUCAACCCCCUCAGGUGAUGCCGGUGAUCCCCCCUGCAGUGCUAAUAGCUGCAGCCCCAGAGAGACUGGGACCUCCCGAGGCAGGUCAUCGGAUCAUCCUGGGGAGCCAAGCGCCUGGGGAGGCUGUUCCCAAUCCUCCACCAGUGUGGUCCCACCAACGUGGUCCCAUCAGACUCCACAUCAGGGCUUCUAACUUAAACUUUAACCCUCCUGCUCCUCCAGCUCCCGCACCUUUAGUCCCCCACAUCGGGGGAAAUGCUCAUCUUGUUCUGGCUCUAGCUCCAAACCCAGAAAGGGUCAAUCCAGCCGCUGGUCUGGUCGCGGUCCCUCCCGCACCGGAGGACAUUCCCAGAAUAGAGGAUGCAAGGCCCGGUCCCUCUGCACCACGAGGGAGAGAGGAGCAGCUGCCCCUCGUUAGAACCCUUAUCACUGGUGUUUUGGAUCUAUUCCCAGAUGUCCAAGAAGCCUAUGUAGCAGAACUGAUCCAAAGGAAUAAUGUGAAAGACUUGAAUGUUAUCUGUAACCUGCUGUUGGAGAACCCGGACUAUCCGAGGGGGGAUACCGCAGCAGCCACCGCAGCUCCCACCAGCAUCCUACUGGAGUCUGGAGACACUGAGACAGAGGUGACCGAGGACCUGUUUGACUUAGCCAAACUGGGCACGGUGGGCGCCGAGGCUGUGAUGCAGGCUGCCGACUUGCUCAUGGCAGAUUUCAGGAUGCUCAGUUGUCAGGACAUUAAAUGGGCCCUCAAUGCUCUGAAGGGACACUAUGCAAUCACACGCAAGGCCUUAUGUGAAGCGCUGAAGAAGUGGCAAGAUUCAGGCGACCCCUCAGGAAAGAGACGACGGAGCAGAACCGCCUCCUCCGAGCGCUGCUACGUUGAUUUCCAUUUUGAGCACGGUUCAGUGAAGUUUGAGAAGAGGAUGUAUUUCCUGGAGAACGACCGUCGCUACUGCAGGACGUACAACAGUCUGGAAGCCUCUGUGCAGAAUGAGCUUUCCUUCUAUCAGCAGAAGACUAAGGAAUGGGCAGAGCAUGAGGACUUCCUCCUCGCUCUGCAGGUCAAUGAAGAUGAAUACAAGAUGGACGGCCAGCUGAUUGAGUGUGGCUGCUGCUACGGGGAGUUUGCCUUCGAGAAGAUGACGCAGUGCUCAGACGGCCACCUGUUCUGUAAAGAGUGCCUGGUCAAAUACGCUCAGGAGGCAGUGUUUGGCUCCGGAAAUUCGGAGCUGAGCUGCAUGGAGGGGGGCUGCCCGUGCUCCUACCCAGUGUGUGAGCUGGAGAAGGUCCUACCAGAGAACAUACUGUGUAAAUACUACGAGAGGCAGGCGGAAGAGGCGGUCGCUGCCACCUGCGCUGAUGAACUUGUGCGGUGUCCGUUUUGCAAUUUCCCAGCCUUGUUGGACAAACACAUGUCUCUGUUUAGCUGCCCCAACCCUCGGUGCCGCAAGGAGAGCUGCAGAAAGUGCCACGUGCACUGGAAGCAGCAUGUGGGGAAGACGUGCGAGCAGGUCCUGGAGAGGGACGAGAUCCGCAUGAGGGUGCUCUUCGAGGAGCGUAUGACGGCGGCUCGUGUGAGGAAGUGCGUAAAGUGCGGGACGGGCCUGGUCAAGUCGGAGGGCUGCAACCGAAUGUCGUGCCGCUGCGGCAGCUUCAUGUGCUACCUCUGCAGAGAGCCUAUCACUGGCUACAACCACUUCUGCCAGCACGCACGCUCGCCUGGCGCUCCCUGCAGACACUGCCGCAAGUGCUCCCUCUGGACCGACCCCACGCAAGACGACGAGCGAAUCAUUCAGGAGAUCCAGAAGGAAGGAGAGGCCGAGCUGAAUAAGAAGAGUGCAGAUAAUUCAGGGAAGAGGGUCGGCCCGCCUCCGGAGCCCGUCACCGAAGCCAAGCGGCCGCGUGUUGGUCCGCCCCCCGAAAAUCCACCGAACCUGAACCCUGCGGCCCCUCCUCACCCGCAGGCGGUACAAGCUCCCCUGUUCGUUCCUCCACAUGCCCGCUACCCACCGGCUCCCCCCCAGGGGAGAAUGUACCGCCAGGUGAUGAUUCCCCGACUGCCCCCUGCCCCCUACGUGCCCCCCCUACAACACCUGCCCCCCUUGAACAACAACAACAACCUUCACCACCCUAACCCUCCCGUCAACCCUCUUCACCAAAACAUGGACCUGAUGGACCUGCCCAUGCACUACGGACCCCCGCACCGCUACUACCGACGCUUCUAACGCACACUCUGUGGCCCACUACAGUUCUGCUUUUCAUUUCAGUGCUGUUUUUUGAGAUCUGAUGUUAUUUUGUAUCUCUGUCAGUGUGCAUCACCGUUUUCUACUCGUUCUCUGAAUCCCAUUUAACAGCUCAUGUGCGCUCGUGCAGAUCUUCGGACGCGUUCUUCUGCGUCAAGCUGAUAAAACGCACUGAAAUGAUAAAGUGCAUCUGUGGCACGACACACACAUUCGGACACUUUGCCUUCUCUCGCUAAACUUGGGACUUCAAUAAUAACUUCAAUAAUCCCAGCGUUACAUCUUUUCCUGUUUAAAUAUCCGGGUCGGGCUGAAGAACGGUUUAGAAUCUUGAGACAAUUUAUUUCCAGUUUAUACAGAUAUUUUUGAGUACAUAAUUGAAAAAAAAUGUCAGCAUUCCCUUCUGUAUCUUUUGUGUAACAAGUGUGAGAACACACAGUUUUCUAAUAAAGAUUUAUGUUAACAAUGUGUUGAGUUUCCGGCUCAUACACGUUUAAAAUGUU